GGCGCUAUGCAACAACGGUGAGAUAUGCAUUUUUAACAUAAAGUGUCAUCGUUUUUGUACGAAGAAUGGUCAGUAAACAAAUUUUUGCGAUUUAUGUGUUUGUUUGUACAUGUAAUGCAUACCAACGUCUUUUCAGAAAGAUGAAAGAGAACUGUGAUACUUUAGCAACAAAAGACAUCAUUUCAAGUCAUGCUGCAAACGAUCUCAUGGAAUGUUCUAUGGAAUGUCUUCAACAGAAGCAAUGUGUUAGCUUCAACUUUCUUUAUAUGGCAAAAGAAUUUACGAUAAACUGCCAAACAAGCAACACAACAUUUAACGAAAGUUUGAGAAACACAGCUCCCAAAGGAAAAUGGGCUUUUUUUCAAUCUCUGACGGGAAAAUUUCUGGUUAAAUCAUGCAUUUUAAAUGGUGAAUAUAAUUGGAUCUUUCGACUUAAAAAAUGGCUUCCUUCGCACUUAAAAGACAAAAACACAAUGCGCUGUUACCAAGCAACAGUAAAUGGAUGGAAGGCAACCACAUUUCACAGUCUCUGUGAUUUUAAAGGACCAACAUUGGUUGUUGUAAAAGUUGGAAGUUAUGUGUUUGGUGGAUUUGCAUCAGAAUCAUGGGGAGGAAUGAAGCGUUUUAUAAGAGCUGAAGAAUCAUUCAUAUUUUCUAUGAAAAACAAGGAUAAUCUUCCACCGUUUAAGUCUGACGUUGUUCGUCGAAAUAAAGCAAUGUACACAGUCAAACAGGUGGGACCCAUAUUUGGAAAUGGUCAUGAUUUGCAUAUCUCCAAUGACGCCAACACUAAUUUCAAAUCGCACACAGGCAAAUUUGGAUAUUCUUACAGGCUUCCAAAUGGUUAUUCUUUCAAUAGCACCAAAACACAAGUUUUAUUAGCUGGGUCCUACUAUUUCACACCUGAUGAAGUUGAGGUGUUUUAUUUUUCUUCGUCAUAAAGGAACUGAACUUGUUAAAGAAUGCUUAGCUAUACAAAAGCAGACCAGUUUUAGAUUUUACUAUAUACAUAGCAGUGCAGUGAUAUAAUGCAUGAUAACAUAUAAAAAUUAUUUCAAAGCCAUAGCCAGAGAAUAAGAUCAUGAAUUCUGAGACGGAUUAUACCGCACUUGAAGAACAAGUUGUUUAAAACAAAUAAUUUAUUUCCUUCAUAGUAACUUUUUGCCUAUUUUACUUAAGCUAACAAAAAACGUUUUAACGGUUAACUGUUAAUUGUUAUUGGUAACAUUUGUUGCCACUAAGAAAAGUUUUCUAACGGUGUUUAUAACACCUUCCAAA